AAUAAGUCUGCUAACAAGGAGACUAACAGUUUUUAUUUAAAACCGCCUAGCAGAAACUAAAAUGAAAUAAAGGCGUGAUAAUAUAUGAUUAAAUCAUAGCGUGCACGAUAAAGACAUACAACUUUCCGUCUUUGACAUAAAAAUUAUAUAUUUAUGAACAAUAUCAAACCCCAUCCGUAAUGAAAUAUUAUCUAUCGCUCUUCUUCCUAUUGAAACAAAUUUACAUUUAUUAUUGUUAGGUAUAAAACAGUAUAUUAUUACAUAUAAUUAUUAGAAACAAUGUAAUGUUUAUUAUCUUUUAUUGUACAUAUUUUUUUAUAUAUUGUUAUCUAAUCACGUAAUUACCAGUAUUUCAAAAAAACCGCCUAUAUUUUUCAUUAGACUUUUAGUUCUAUCGGCUGCCGCAUAGUGGCGACACACGUCUCAAUGAUAGCAUGCCUAUAGUUUAUCUUUUAACUUUACCUACAUAAGUUUAUAUACCGAUGCUUGGUGGGGACACUGUUCCCUGCUUACGUUUGUAAUUCACAUUUCGUCCCUACCUGUCGCUGGAGUCACGCACGGUUCGAGCGGAAGGUGAUGAAGAAUAACCUUAAAGUUUGUGUUCGUGAGUGUGAUUUAUGAAGAGCGUUCUUUCUUUGUGAUAAUUUUUGUAUUUCUUUUUACUUUGUUUAACGGUUAAUAUUUUCAUGCUACGGUAAAAAAUUAUCGAAACGUGGAAGGUUAACGUAUUAUGAACCGUCUGGAUGAUCCUCCAGGUCUCAUGAAAGGCAGAAAACCAUCUUUUAUCGGAAUGAACGGAGGUACGGAAACAGACGACCAACAGCGUCUAAGGUUCCAAGUUGAAUUGGAAUUCGUUCAAUGUCUUGCAAAUCCAAAUUAUCUCAACUUUUUAGCACAACGUGGUUAUUUUAAGGACACCACAUUUAUAAACUAUCUCAAGUAUCUUCUUUAUUGGAAAGAACCAGAAUAUGCUAAAUAUUUAAGAUACCCCAUGUGUUUGUAUUUCUUAGACUUAUUGCAAUACGAACACUUUAGAAGAGAAGUUGUCAAUUCACAAUGCACUAAGUUUAUAGAUGAUCAACAAAUUUUGCUUUGGCAACAUUACACUAGACGUAGAACAAGACUUUUACAGACUGCAGCUGAGCAGACUCAACAUGUCAAUCCGCAAAAUAAUGGUAUUGUACAGCCUAAAGUUCCUUGAAAGAGAGCUAUAUCUGGUAAUAAUAAAACUGAACAAUAUACACCUUAGGAGAUAUGAUUUAGAAAUAUUUCUUUGUAUUGUAAUUUCUUUUAUGGACUGUUUUGUUAAUCAUGUUGCCAAACUGUGAUAUAUUUCGAAUAAAAUACUUAUCUGCAUUUAAUAGAUUAA